ACCUCCCCUUUCUUCUUCUUCUUCUUCUUCUUCUUCUUCUUCUUCUUCUUCUCUUAAUUUUUCAUUAUCAUCAUCUUCAUCUUCUUCUUGUUCUUGUUCUUGUUCUUGAUCUUGAUAGUGAGAAAAUAACAAUGGCAGACAGGAAGAUAUGUGGGGUGCCAGAGAGGGUGCAGUUACACGUUGCCAUGUUAGCCUUACAAUUUGGCUAUGCAGGCUUCCAUGUGGUCUCUCGUGCAGCUCUCAACAUGGGCAUUAGCAAGCUCGUCUUUCCCGUUUAUCGAAACAUCAUCGCCUUUCUCCUUCUCCUCCCUUUCGCCUUCUUCCUCGAAAAGAAGGACAGGCCUCCAAUGACCUUAUCAUUCAUUCUCCACUUCUUUGUACUUGCUCUAAUUGGGAUGACUGCAAACCAAGGUUUCUACUUGCUCGGACUCGAUAACACUUCACCGACGUUUGCUUCAGCCAUCCAGAACUCUGUCCCUGCUCUUACAUUCCUUAUGGCAGCUGCUCUCAGGAUUGAGAAGGUGAAGUUAAACAGAAGGGACGGUAUUUCGAAGGUGGCCGGAACACUGGCAUGUGUCUUCGGUGCGUCAGUGAUCACUCUCUACAAAGGGCCAGUCAUCUUCUCCCCCUCAAAGACCUUGAACCAUGUCAAUAAUGUUGAUCCUUCUCCUGUGCUUUGGCUUGAGGACCCUAAAGGCAAGAGUUGGACUUUAGGGUGCGUUUAUCUCGUAGGCCAUUGCCUUUCUUGGUCUGGUUGGCUUGUCUUGCAGGCUCCAGUGCUUAAGAAAUACCCGGCUCGCCUUUCGGUCACUGCCUAUACUUGCUUCUUUGGUGUUCUUCAAUUCCUCGUCAUCGCUCUCGUUGUCGAGAGAGAUGCUAGUGCUUGGAUAUUCAAUUCUGGUGGCGAAGUUUUCACUAUCUUCUACGCGGGUUUUGUAGCCUCUGGGAUUGCAUUUGCUGUUCAAAUAUGGUGUAUUGACAGAGGUGGUCCAGUGUUUGUCGCCGUCUAUCAACCGGUACAAACACUAGUCGUUGCCAUUGUUGCCUCCAUUGCUCUUGGGGAAGAAUUUUACCUUGGAGGGAUUCUCGGUGCUGUAUUUAUUGUUAUCGGACUUUACUUGGUACUAUAUGGAAAGAGCCAAGAGAGAGCUUUUGCAGCAAAAGAGGCGGCGAUCAACACCGCUUCUAAUGCCGAGCAUGAAUCAAUAAGAUCGACUAAUCCUACUUCAUACAAGGGUGCCUCUUUAACUCAACCUUUACUUCCAUCAUCAUCGGAGAAUGUCUGAGCUCUUUAAGUCCUUGUUUCAUCAAAACGAAAGAAUAAUCUAUCGAAAAGUCUAGUAUUACACUAAGAUCAUUGAAUGUGUGUCAUGUGACAAUAAAUUUUAAGAUGAAUGAUUUAAAUGUAUCUUUAUUGUCACAGUACAUUGCAUCUUCUAUAUGCAAAACUUAGUGUAUAUAUAGUGUGCACUUGAUAAUAAUUUAGGGUUUGAUGUGGUUGUACACUUGUAAUAAGGCUUGUUAGGGUUAGGGUUAGGGUUUGAGAGGAAUGUCCCCAUCUCUGAACCCUAGUCCUAGCAAGUGGGCUUGCUUGUAUUACUACUUUUGUUUGGGAAGUUAAAAGGUGUGUUUUGUUUGGCUUUAA